GGAGCAGGAGCAGGAGCAGGAGCAAGAGCUGGAGCAGGAGCCAGAGGAGGAGGUCGACGUCUGGUCCCGGCUGGGAGGUGGAGCAGCGGCUACAGCCGCCGCCGCCGCCGCCUCCGGAAAGGGAGAGGCAGGAGAGAUCGAGACUUGGAAACCCCAAAGUGUCCGCGACCCUGCACGGCGGGCGCCCUUCCAGCUUCAUGGGCAAAGUGUGGAAACAGCAGAUGUACCCUCAGUACGCCACCUACUACUACCCCCAGUAUCUGCAAGCCAAGCAGUCUCUGGUCCCAGCGCACCCCAUGGCCCCUCCUAGUCCCAGCACCACCAGCAGUAAUAACAACAGUAGCAGCAGUAGUAACUCAGGAUGGGAUCAGCUAAGCAAAACAAACCUCUACAUCCGAGGCCUGCCCCCGAACACCACUGACCAGGACCUGGUGAAGCUCUGUCAACCAUAUGGGAAAAUAGUCUCCACAAAGGCAAUUUUGGAUAAGACAACAAACAAAUGCAAAGGUUAUGGUUUUGUCGACUUUGACAGUCCUGCAGCAGCUCAGAAAGCUGUGUCAGCCCUGAAGGCGAGUGGGGUUCAAGCCCAGAUGGCAAAGCAACAGGAACAAGAUCCUACCAACCUAUAUAUCUCUAAUUUGCCACUGUCCAUGGAUGAGCAGGAACUUGAAAACAUGCUCAAACCCUAUGGACAGGUUAUUUCUACAAGAAUAUUACGUGAUUCCAGUGGUACAAGUCGUGGGGUUGGCUUUGCCAGGAUGGAAUCAACAGAAAAAUGCGAAGCUGUAAUUGGUCAUUUUAAUGGGAAAUUCAUUAAGACACCACCAGGAGUUUCUGCUCCCACAGAACCAUUAUUGUGCAAGUUUGCAGAUGGAGGACAGAAGAAAAGACAGAACCCAAACAAAUACAUCCCUAAUGGAAGACCUUGGCAUAGAGAAGGAGAGGUGAGACUAGCUGGUAUGACACUUACAUAUGACCCAACUACAGCUGCUAUACAGAAUGGAUUUUACCCUUCACCAUACAGUAUUGCUACAAACCGAAUGAUCACUCAGACUUCUCUUACACCCUAUAUUGCAUCUCCUGUAUCUGCCUACCAGGUGGCAAAGGAAGCCAGAGAAAACAAGUAUCGGGGCUCUGCUGUCAAGGUGCAAAGUCCUUCUUGGAUGCAGCCUCAACCAUAUAUCCUGCAGCACCCUGGUGCCGUGCUGACUCCCUCGAUGGAGCACACCAUGUCACUACAGCCUGCGUCCAUGAUCAGCCCGCUGGCCCAGCAGAUGAGUCAUCUUUCACUAGGCAGCACAGGAACAUACAUGCCUGCUACAUCAGCUAUGCAAGGAGCCUACUUGCCCCAGUACACCCACAUGCAGACGACGGCCGUUCCUGUUGAGGUUGGUACAGACCAUCCAGUGGCCAUCCUGGCAGAGGCAAGUGGUCAGCAGCAAGUGGCUGUCGAGACAUCUAAUGACCAUUCUCCAUAUACCUUUCAACCCAAUAAGUAACUGUGAGGUGUACAGAAGGGUGUUCUUACAUGAAGAAGGGUGUGGAAGCUGAACAAUCAUGGAUUUUUCUGAUCAAUUGUGCUUUAGGAAAUUAUUGACAGUUUUGCACAGGUUCUUGAAAACGUUAUUUAUAAUGAAAUCAACUAAAACUAUUUUUGCUAUAAGUUCUAUAAGGUGCAUAAAACCCUUAAAUUCAUCUAGUAGCUGUUCCCCUGAACAGGUUUAUUUUAGUAAAAAACAAAAACAAAAAAAAAAAAAA